AUGAUCGGGGACAUCCUGCUGUUCGGAACGCUGCUUAUGAACGCCGGAGCGGUGCUCAACUUUAAGCUGAAAAAGAAGGACACAACGCAGGGCUUUGGGGAGGAGUCUCGGGAGCCCAGCACAGGUGACAACGUGCGGGAGUUCUUACUGAGCCUCAGAUACUUCCGGAUCUUCAUUGCCCUGUGGAACGUUUUCAUGAUGUUCUGUAUGAUCGUGUAA